UUUUCGAUUGUUAUAUUCUUUUUUUGUAUAUUGGCUUGUGCGGUGAUUAGAAUACGAUCGAAUUUUUGUUGUUAAAGACGACGACAAGGCAAAGAUUUUAGCAACCAGCGCACAGAACUCGGUGAUUUCGCAAGCGUGAAGCACGGUUGCGCGGAAAUUAACGUUUCUUAAAAUAUUUCGUUUGGGGAAAAACUUGUAAGCCCGCUAAAAAUAAAGUGGACUCGUAAAUAUCCACUUUCUGAGUGUGGUUAUUUUAAGUGAUUUCAUGCAGUUGUGUUAAACUUUUUGUGGCGGAUGAAACAAAUGAUUUUUUUUAAGCUUUCAAAGGGAACUUAUGGAUUUAAAUUAAUUACGUUAAAAACAAGCUUGUAUUUAUUAGCUCAAUUUGAACUGAACAUUUAAAUGUUUAAUAAAAACAAAAGAAAAUAAACAAAACGAAAACAUUGCAAAGACGAACGAAAUUUUAAGUGUUUGAAGUACUAAUUUGGCGAAAAGGAAAUAAAACCGCGUGAAAUAUCAGCGAGUUGAAAAAUAGAGCUUAGACGCUUUCAAAAUAAAUAAAUCAUCAUGCAGUCCCUGCUAGUUGCAUUGGCUGCGAUCUGCAGUUUAAAGUUACAAUCCGUGCUUGGCCAUGGACGACUGAUGGAUCCACCAGCGCGCAAUGCCAUGUGGCGCUUUGGAUUUCCAAAUGCGGUAAACUACAAUGACAACGAACUCUUCUGCGGUGGAUAUGCAGUGCAAUGGGAACAGAAUGCGGGGAAAUGUGGAGUGUGCGGUGAUGCGUAUCAUGUGAAAACGCCACGCCCACACGAGGCGGGUGGUGAAUAUGCGAAAGGGAUAAUUUCACGGUACUACGCGGCAGGGCAGGAAAUCGACGUAGAAAUCGAACUUACUGCCAAUCAUUAUGGCCGUUUCGAAAUGUUCCUCUGCCCCAAUAACAAUCCACGUCGUGAGGCUUCACAAGAAUGUUUCGAUCGCUUUCCACUUUACAUUUCUGGUAGCCGGCGUGAACAUCGUUUUCUCAUACCACGCGAUGCACCCAAGAAAGAGAUAUUCCGCUAUCGUGUCCGUCUGCCACCCUACGUCACGUGUACGCAGUGUGUGCUGCAAUGGACCUACUACACAGCCAAUAUGUGGGGCAAAUGCGGCAACGGCACCGAGGCGGUGGGUUGCGGUAAGGCGGAAACAUUCCGGAACUGCGCCGAUAUUGCGAUCGUAUCCAAUACGGGUGGCGGUGUACCGCCAAUCUUCGUGAAUAACAAAUCUCCUUAUCUACUUUACUAUAGAGAUUAUCGUGCGCCGGAGGAUAAUAACGUAUUCCCGCUUAUUGUACGCGAUCAAAAAUGUAUUGCCGCUCCAGCAUUCCGUACGAUACCGGGCAUGGAUAACUGGUGUGAAACUAAUUGCUUGCGUUAUCCACCUAAUUGUCCGGAAACUGCAUGUUACUGUCCUAAAGACUGCGUUGCCAUUGGCGAACUGGAGGGACGUGAGGGUGCGGACACAUAUUGUAUGGAUGAAUGUCUGAAUUAUAAUUCAAUAUGUCCAGUGGAUAGAUGUCGUUGCUUCUAAAUUGGGAAAUCUAUGGAACGCUGUCUGUAAAAGUGCCGCCAGCACUCACAGUUCAGAUUUCAUGGAACGGAGACUAAUGUAUAAGCCGUUAUGCUUACGAGAGACGAAUCAAAGCUGUGCUACGAAUUCUGUGCCUUUUUUAAUUUGCUUUUAUAAUUUUUGUACGAUUUAAUAAAAAAAUAUAUACAUACAUACAUAUACUAAAAAGGUUA